AUGGAGGAAAGGGACCAGACAAGCCAGGAUGGACCGCAAAUCCCCAGAGAGAAGGAUUCGGCCGAUUCUACUCCUCCAGAGGCCACUGGCCCAGCAUCAGCCAAAGGCCCUGAUCCCGAGUCCAAGAACGUUCCACCUCCAAGAGGACCGAAGAGACGCACCAAGACGGGAUGCCUGAGUAUGAAACGUCGGAUCAAGUGUGGAGAGGAGAAGCCCAAGUGCAAAAAUUGCAUCAAGGCGAGGCGGGAGUGUGAGGGAUAUACGCAGCGCGUGAUUUUCAAGCAUCCCCUGGGUCCCUUUGGCGGCUUCCAGCAGGGGCUGGGCUCUGAUAUGCAGCGCAUGGCGAUGGGAGUGCCGUUAUUUCCUCAACACCAAGAACAGCCUUGGACAGCGCAGGCCUCGGGGCCGCAACAGCGACUCAUCGCUCCUCGCAUCCCUAAUCUUGCUGCUGGAGGUCCAAUGGGCUUUGUUGCUCCUCCACAGGCAUCUACGGUGCCUGGAAACCCUCUUGAGCAACCACGGCCAUUCUUCUACCCUACACUCUAUGACACGGCACCUUCCCAAGCUCUACCGUCUCGCGCGCCUCCUCCCAUCACCCCCGUUGUUGGAGGUCAUGGCACUGAAAGAACGCAACAUCGAUGCUCUGAUCCAACAACAUAUCAGCAACCCUUUGAACCUGUCGGUUCCUAUCAGUUGGGCCAAGGUCGAAGUCACCUUGAGCAAGUACCAUCAGCGAUCCAAGGGGUCUCAGACCCAUUUCAUGGACCUCAGCUUCAGAAGAGUCGUCCUGAAGCCCAAGAGCUUUCUUCUCAGAACAUGUUUGCUGAUAUGUGUUCACUUGACCGCAGGACCAAGUUUCUUCGGUGGUGUUUGAUGGGGAGGCAAGCGACAUCACUGAUUAACCGUUGCUGGAUCUCAGCCAAAACAACCACUCAUACGUCACCUGCCCUUCAGACGUUGCCCUCUCGUCUUCCGUACUAUGACGACGAAAGCGAUGAUUACUAUGAUGUCGAGUCCGACGAAGAGAUGGAAGAAACAACGCAUGAGGAAGACUAUCACCAAUUGAGAUUGAUCCUGGCGUCCGCUAAUCAGGACGACCUCAUGAUCCGAUCUUACACGACAUUUUUGAACGAACCGAAUAUUCUCGCCGCCUACUGCCCGUCGAUGGGAUCUUCGCCUCUUAAUAACCCCAAAACUGCUCGAAUUUGGGUGCAUUUCAUACACGCGAUCGGCCCUUCGCUGUCCAUUUGGGAGCGCCAUUCUGCCAAUACAUUAGCUCUUUUCAGUGGUCCGGUUCCUAGUUCCCAGCAGGGUCUGUGGAACUACACCAUGCCCUUGAAGUCACUCGAACAUCCGGCAUUACUGCAAGCCAUGCUUGCAAUAAGCAGCCUCCACAUUGCCACGCUGCAACAAGCUCCACUCAUCAUAACCCUUAAACAUUAUCAUUAUGCGUUGAGGAGAAUUGGAAAGGCCGUCGGCCUCCCCUUGCAACGGAAGCAGGUUUCAACUUUGGGUGCCACCCUCCUUCUCGCAUUCUACGAGGUCAUGGCGGCAGAACACUCCAAAUGGAAUAGUCAUGUUGCCGGUGCUGCACAACUUAUCAAAGAAAUUGACUUUGCUGGAAUCACAAGGGAUCUCCGCGCUCACAGACGCAACGUAAAGGCACAGAGGAAUCAGAUGGCGCAGACAGACCCAUGGUGGGGAUAUGGCGAUUUCUCCAAAAACAGGCUGUCUGAGGAUGACCCGUUCGCGGAGAAAGAGGCCGAUAUAAACGAGGAGCUGAUCGGAGCCCUGAUCGGUAAGGCAGUUAACUAUGAUCGAUUCGGGCAGAUCGAGAGCGAAGGACAGCGACUGGGAGGCAAGAAACACUUCACUCGAAAGGACAUUGAAAACUUCAGGAUACAGUGCGAUCUGUACUGGUGGUACUGCAAGCAGGACCUCUUUCAAAGUAUGAUCAGUGGCAAUCCGCUAUAUCUUCCGUUUGAUCGUUGGGGACAGUGUCCUCCGCGCGGCGGACUUGGGAGGCUGGAUGCGUUGUAUGGUUCGUUUGACCAUAUGAUCCUGCUGCUGGCCCGCUUGGUAGAUUUUGGUUACCGGGAUCGAAAAAGGAAGCUGAAGAGCUUAGAAGCCACUGGAGGUGAAUGGCGACCUCAUCCGGGGUUCUUCAAGUUCAUGGCUCGCUUUGGUGGGAAGCCACCUAGUGGAGGAUCAUCAGGAGGUGCCUUUCAUGAUAAACCUCAGGAUACAGCUUCAGGUCCUCCAUCUUCAAACCAGUCCAUCGGCUCAUCUCCUGGCAAUCAUAUGGCUGGUGACUCUUUUGAGCAGAUGCCGUCAGCUACUAGGCCAACAGGACCUCCCACAAAUGCGAAUCAGGAAUCUACCUCGAUGUACGGUAUGAUGCCAUCCAGCGGGCCAAGUGAUCCUCCAGCUCCCUUUGCCGAUACGGCGUAUCCCCGGGACCCUCGACAUGCCGGACCAGCCGUGAAUGAGACGGAGAUGUCUCUAUCCGAAGCUGAAACUGAAUGGGAAAGUAUUCUGGCUGCUUUCGAUCUUUUCGCCAGUCAGCUGGGCUCAGGGUUUGCUCCUCUACCUGCUGACUGUGCUCCCCCGAUUAGUACCCCGUUUGGACAGGCACUGCAUUACCGCUCGCACCAAGUGGCUGUUUUGUGGGCCUUCUACUAUACUGGGAGAAUCAUAUUGCACCGGAUGCAUCCCUGUAUGCCUCCUGCGGCGAUGGUCGCUGCCGCUGCGGCGGCAUCAGCGACGGCACAAUAUGCUCAGACUGUUGGCAAGAUUGUCGCAGGGAUCUACUACCCACAACGAUAUAAACUUGAAGCGGGUAGUCUAAACCCGACGCUGGGGGGUGCACUGACAGAAGUGACGAUACCAAUGUUUUUCGCCGGCGUUCAGCUUACGGACGCGGCGCAACGAGACUGGACGGUCGCUGAACUCCGCAAUAUUGCUCGUCUGACGGGUUGGCAGUCAGCCGCAUCCGUCGCAAGAGGAUGCGAGGCUUCUUGGUAUUACGCUGGCAAGGCUGGUCGAGGCCCGCCAUAUUCCUUUUAUGAAGGCAGGACGGUUUUGGAUGAAGAGGGAUUGAGGAAUGCACGUCGCGCCCAUGAAGUCAAUGCGCAGGGUGAAAUUGACCUGAGUAAUGAUCGACGGUUUGUCACAGUGGCCAAAUCGGCCCGUACUCGCUGGGCCAUGGGUCUGCUUGAGAUGGAGGAUGACUUGGUCAACUUGAGCCUUGACGAUUAG